GUAGUGCACACCUUUAAUCCCAGCACUCAGGAAGCAGAGGGAGGUGGGUCUCUGAGUUUGAGGCCAACCUGAUCUACAUAGCAUGUUCGAGGCUAGCCAGGGGUACAUAGUGAGACCCUCUUUCAAGAAGAGUGGAUGUUUUACCAAAGGCCCUAACCAAAUGAAUACAGCUCAAAAAGAAAGGGCACAUAGAUCUCAAAGAAUGAACUUUGUCUUUAUUCCCAAUGUCAUGAUUUAGAGUACAAAAAAGCCACUGGAACUCAGAAGAGAGGACCAACAUAUAACAGUCUAUUGUUUGUUCAUGGGUUUUCAUUUCCAGGUUAUCAUACAUGGGUUUCACUAUGGUACUUCAUACAAAUGUGCAAUCCUUGGUUCUCAUCUCUUCUGCAUGUCCCCUUCACAUCACCUAGGGAACUGUAACCUCUAGUUCCCUUUCUUCCCUACAAAAGCCAGUCUUGUGACAUGCUUGUUUAACCUGCCCAAAACCUGGAUUUGCCUAAAUUUGUUCUCCACCACUGAUGAGGGAAAUAAAGGUUAUUUGUAUGUACUAAAAAAAAAAGUAGAUUAAACUUUAAAAUAUAUACCAUUUUCCAUGGCAUCCAAGAACAUGAAAUACAUAUAAUUUUAGAUCUGUGCUAAAAGCUAUAGAAUAAUGCCAAAGAAAAUUAGACUGUAAUGUGUUCAUAAGUGGCUGACUCCAAAGACAGUGAUGUCCAUUGUCUUCAUCAUAGUGUGUUUUUUUGGUAGUUUGUUGUUGUAGAGACAUAACACAGGGUUUCACACAUGCUAGGCAAGCACUUUAUCAUGGAAUUAUAUCUCCAGCUCCUGCCAUUGAUCUCUGCAUUCAAUAAAAUCUGAAAUUUUCUCAAUAAGUACUUAACAUUUUUAUUGGUGUAUAGUCAUUGUGUAUAGUGAUGCAUAAGGACUAGUUUUGUUUUGGUUUUGAGUCAGGGUCUUGUUAAUGUAGCUCUGGCUGUCCUGGACUUUCACUCUCUAAACUAGACUGGCCUCAAACUCACAGAGAUCUGCCUGCCUCUGCCUUCUAAGUGUUGUGAUUAAAGGUGUGCUCCACUUCACCCAACUACAUAAAGAUAUUUUCAUGAAUAUACUUUGUUCAAUAGAAACUUCAAAAGUCCUUUGUGUAGAAACUAGUAUGCUGAUUAUGUAUCUUGUGAAAAUGCAAAGAAUCUGAAAUAGUUAAAAGUCUUUUUUUAGAUAUAUUUUAUGUAUAUGAACGUUUUUUGCCCAUACAUCCAUACUUGUCUUGGAGGUCAGAAGAUGGCAUCAGAUCCCUGGACUGGAGGUACAGACAGUUAUGAACUACACUUUGGGUCUUUUGCAGUACCAACAAGUGCUCUUAACCACUGACUGAGCCAUCUCUCCAGCCCCUAAAAUAUUUUCUUUUGGUGCUCAGGAUGGAGCCCAGGGCCUUUCACGUAAUAACCAAGUGCUCAACCACUCAAUUAUAGCCUCAGCCCUAAAAAAAAAAAAAAUUAAUAAAAAGACUGACUGGGGCACUCAUGUUACCUGAUCUCAAGAUCUACUUUCCAGCCUAUAUGGCUCUAGUGCUAGGGUAGACAUGCAGACCAAUGAAACAGAAGACAGUUCAGAAAGAGACUGACAUAUGUGAAUGAUUACUUGACAACAAAGAUGCCAAGAUCAGUAUGAGGAAGGAGUAUUUUUCAGAAUUGGUGUUAGAGGAACUGGUUAUGUGUUUGGGGUUGGGGGAGGGGGCAGAAGGUGAGGGAUCAACAUUGAACCCUUCCUACUACAUACAUAAAAAUGAGCUCAAACUGAUGUGAUAGCACAUGCCUGGAGUCUGGGAUACUCAGGAGGCCAAGACAGAUGGUCACAAGUUCAAGGCCAUCCUUUGCAGUAUGAGAUGGAGUUCAUGACCCCUGGGGAAAUCAAUCCAGACUAUAAUUAGUUAAAUUUAUUAAAGAUGCUAGCAGGACAAUACUCUCAAUACUAAUUGAGAUUGCUUCGGGAAAGGGGAGUGAGGGAAAGGUUUUUAAAGGAGAAGACCUUGAGUAUCUGCUCAAUCAAGGCAAGAGCUGUUCUGUUCUCAGGGUCAUAUAGUCAAGGUGACCUCAGAAUGGUCCUUGAAGGCCUACAAAAGCAGGUUACAGAAGCAAAAAAAAGUCAUAUUGUUUUGUGUUUUUUUUUUUCAAGACAGGGUUUCUCUGUGUAGCCCUGGCUGUCCUGGAACUGGCUCUGUAGACAAGGCUGGCCUCGAACUCACAAGAGAUCCACCCUCCUCUGCCUCCCAAGUUCUAAGAUUACAAGCAUGUGCCAGGAGGCCCAGCCAAGGUUGUAUAUUUUUACAUGGGGGUGACUAAAUCAGGGUUACUGAGACUGGAGUCAGAGACAGCUAGUGGGUACCAGAAUGGAUGCCUAGCAUAAAAGGGAGUUUCUUUAGCAAUCGCAAUACCAUCUCAGAAAAGUUAAAUCAAAAUACAUCAUACACCUAAGAGUCAAAGCUAAAAUUAGAAUCAGGUGUGGUGGUGACCACCUCUAAUCCUAACACUUGGGAGGGAAAGGCAAAAGAAUCUUAAGUUUAAGAACAGCCUCACUACACAUAACAAGACCUUGUCUCAAAAAGGAAGGGAGGGAGGGAAAGAGAGAGAGAAAGAAUAUAUAAUUUGACCUGAAAAAAAACUUUGGAAUAUGUACAUUUGACACAAAACAAAUAUCCAUUAUAUAUAAAGAACCUCCACUGAGCAGUGGUGGCACAUGCCUUUAAUCCUAGCACUUAAGAGGCAGAGGCAGGUGGAUCUCAAGGCCAGCCUGGUCUACAAAGUGAGUUCCAGGACCAGGACUGUCUCAAAAAAAAAAAAAGGAAGGAAGAAAAUGCCACUUUGAUCAUAACCAAUAAUCAGUUCAAUAUUCAACAUCCCUUAUCGUUAAGGAAGUUCAAAUUAAAAACUACAAUGAAAUGCUACCAACAGGCUCAGUGGGAGAGCAUUUCCUUAGAGGGAAAGAAAAACAAAAUAAAAUACAUCCUCUAGAAUGGCUUAACGUAAGAACCCCAGCAAUGCCACACAUGUAGAAUCCAAUGACAGUCUCUAAGAAGCAAAGACACCUUCUCUUUUGGGAACCUCAGUAAGUCCCAGCUGGGUGUGAACAGUGGCUCGCAUGGGGCUUCCUUCUGGGCCAGCAGCAGCAGCUUCACCUGGAAACCGGUAGGUAGUGCAAAUUCUCUUGGUCCCACCUAGACCUGCUCAAUGGGAAACAGAGGAGGCAAUGAACAACAAUGAAGUACCAGGUGAUUCCAGCGCAGGAGGGCAGGAAGGAGGAAGAAGGGCUACUUCUUUAAGGCUAAUUGGGACCCUCCCAUUCCGCCUCCCCUUCUCUUUCCCAGGCUUCUUAACACCCUGGUGUGGGAAGCUGGCCCUUAGCUGAAGCUCGAAUGGCCUGCAGUUGGAGGUAAGGCCCAUGACUGGCAGCACAGUAAGCUUGAGCAGGGGAUGGGUGGGACUUGGAUCCCACUGGACUCACACCUGGUGCCUCCUCCCUCUCCACCCUGGGGUUCCCAGAGGGCCCCAGGGGCUGUCAGAUGAUCUCUCAGCAAGCUUCCCAACUUGGGCUACACAAAAAUCACCAUCUUCUCCAUUGCUGUUUUGAGUGUUUGUGUCUCCGGUCUGGGGAUGCUCUGGUCAGUUGCCUGAGAUGGGGGUGGGGUGCGAGGGGUAUGACUUGACCUCUAGGAGUUUUCAAUGGCUAUUGGAUUCCCCAGGCUGCAAGGAAACCUUCCUUACAGGAGGCUGUGAGCUUAGCUUCUGUAUUACUAACGAGACAGUGAGAACAGCUGAGCUCCAAAGCAGGGACCCAGGACCUAUCUUACCACAGACUCACUUCUGUGCCCCAACACCUCCACCAAACCACCCAGCAAAAGUUCCAUGAGUCACCACAGCACCAGCAGUGGGACAGAAACCACAACAAAGAUCAUGCUCUGGGGCGGUGAGCUCAGUCAGGAAAAACAGAUUUGCACCUUUAGACCCCAAGGAGAGAAGGACAACUGUAAACUGUUGCUCAGCACGAUUUGCUUGGGGGAGAAAGCCAAAGAGGAGGUGAAUCGUGUAGAAAUCCUGCCCCCAGCAAACCAGGAGGACAGAAAAUCACCAGUCACCAUUGCCUCACUGAAGGCCUCCGUCCUGCCUAUGGUCACAGUGACAGGUGUGAAGCUUUGUCCUCCAGUGACUUUCCGGCUCCGGGCUGGCUCAGGACCUGUGUUCCUCAGUGGCCGUGAAUGCUAUGAGACUUCAGACGCAUCCUGGGAAGAGGAAGAGGAGGCAGAGGAAGAGGAGGAUGAGGAGGAGGAGGAAGACGAAGAGGAAGAUGUGGAUAUAUCAAUAGAAGAGUCGCCCAUCAAACAAGUCAAAAGGAUGGCUCCCCAGAAGCAGGCGAACUUGGCAAAGAAAAAAAGGCUAGACAAAGAAGAGGAGGAGGAGGCUGUAAGGCCCAGCCCUCAGGACAAGAAUCCCUGGAAGAAGGUGAAAUCUACACCCAAACCUAAGAAGUCUGCAUCCAAGAAAUGAGGCGCUCACCUUGGUAUCUCCUGUGUCCAAGGGAGGGUGUCUACCAGCUGUGCUCUGAUUCAGGUGUCCAGCCCCUCCACCUGAGUCUAAAUGUAAAUAAGGUGUGGAGGCCACACAGGAGCCCUACAACCCAGCCCUUCAAUUUCAAGGGGCUCUUGGGGAAGAACCCCACAGCAUGCAUAAGCCACAAUAAAAUUUGCACUAU